AUGCAUCACAAGGAAGACGUCGGUUGGUUAGACAUUGGGAUCCGUGAGGAUCGCCGCCCCGUUAUCAUAGAUCACGAUCGACUGAGUCAGAUCACCUGUGAAUUGCCGGAUCCCGAAAGCCAGUACCCAUUUCUAUGCUCUAUCUUUGGGGAUAAGCUCAAAAAUCGAGUCCUCCAGGGUGUGUUUCAGUGCAACAAUAUCAAGCGCCAUAGUUCAGACACCAGGAUCAAGCUUCGCUUCACCCCUGCAUCAAAUGAAUCGUUUUCGUCUCGAACGACAAGUGUUGGGGUCGGGCUUCCUGUGUUCUGGGAAUGCAGCUCUGCCGGAGACCUUCUCAGCGCUCUUUGGUCUCAACUGAUCUUUCUCUUUACCGAAGUUGUUUGCUUUUGUUUGGAUGAUAUCGAGGAUACCGACUGUGUUUUGAAAUUCUUGCUUGAUUGUUUGAAGCGAAAGCCCGUGCGACCCCACGCCACUGUAACUACCCCCCGGGUCAUUCUAGUGUUUGAAUCUCCAUGCGGAGGACAGCUCUGUUCCACUGAGAGAAUUCAUCAAAUCAUACAGAACUCGGAGUACCAAUGCCUGUCAGCUCAGUUCCUCACUAUCAGAACAGUUGACAUAUCAGAUGCCUCUCCCCUCUCGGCAGCAAGUUAUCAUCGGGUCAAAGCUGCAAUCAAAGAGGAACUGGAUAUUUCCGGGGGCAUGUUAGGCGAGGGCCAUUUUCGUCCCAAUGCUCGCCAACUGAAAGAGCUAUUCCACGGAGCACUAGGACAUCUCAGUACAUCGCUUGAUUUUCCCUUCUCAUUUACAAAGUUCGUUAGACAGGAACGUCCUGUAAGUCGAAGCUUGGGAUCUCAUAUAAGGUCAUACUUUGAGAUUGGUGCUCAAGUCAAUGUAUCUGCACAUGCUCUUGCUCCGUCCAUCGCGUCUGCCCUUUUAAUGGAUCACUAUGUUCCGGGAAUGCUAGUAUCUUCCCCCAAGGACGUUUUCCGGUCUUUAUACCGACCUAGAAUGCCAGAGGAGCACUGGAUUCCAGCGGGGGUUCUAGACCGGAUCGAGUUUGAGUUCAUCUCAUUGUUCGAUUUCAUGGUCCAGGCCUCCUGCUCCUCGAGCUCCCUACGGAGAGAUUAUUUGAAGUCCCAGAGUGGAAGGCUGUCUCGCUUACGCACGAAUAAGAUCUGCUUAUACUGCGUCAUAGGCGCCGCCCAGCAUACUUUAGGGUGUGGUCAUACGUUAUGCGAUCGAUGUGCCCAAAUAUUUGGCACUCCAAAUCCAGGACGAGACUAUCAAUUCACCGUUAAGGGCUGCCUGUGUUGUCUUUAUCAGCGUCCACUCAUAGUGGACGUUCUUCCUCUUACACAGAGUCCCUCUAUAUUGGCCAUUGACGGCGGUGGUGUUAGGGGAGUUAUCCCGUUGGAGUUCCUCACCCUUAUCGAGGAGCAGUUGUUCCCAUGCCGAAUCCAGGAUGUUGUCGAUCUUGCUCUUGGAACUAGCUCAGGUGGCCUUAUAUCUUUGGGGCUGUUUACAAUGUCAUGGAGGGUGAAGAAAUGCUCAGCUGUCUUUGAGGAUCUCGCCCGCAAGGUGUUCAACCAACGCCGGCACUCGAUCAUUAUUCGUGCAUUGAGUUACAUUCACAAAAACCCUUUGAUCGCCGAAGCGGCUCGCUGGGUCCAUUGGCUAGUUCGUGACAGUUGCUAUGAUGCACGAGUACUUGAUGCGGCGCUAAAACAGGUUUUCGGUGAAAAUCGUCGUAUAUUCGGUGUCUCUCGCGAUGACGCCAAAGGGCCAUUACGUUCAGCUACAGAUCAUCGUAUCAUACGGCCUAACAACGUCGAUGAUGAACCUCUUGUUUGGAAAGGGGGGAGUCAAGAGCCAGAGCUACAGCCGCCGCGCCUUUUCGACUUGCAGGGUAUCGGAUCCUUCCAGGAUGGGGGCUUAAAACAUAACUUUGCUGGAGAGAUUGCUGCCCAGCUGUGCGACCAAAUCUGGCCAGAUGCCCCUGGCUCUAAACGAAUACUCUCCCUCGGCACCGGCAGGGUUGAAGCCUCCGACAACGCAACCCCGUACUUUCGUCAUAUUUUUCGCGAUAGUUUUAUUCGGCGAGGCUUCGACGCCUGGAUGUCUACUAUGGACACAGAGUGCGACUGGAGGCGGUUUAAAAAUCAAUUGAAGGAAAAGAUAAGCUCCGACUUUCAUCGCCUGAAUGUACCACUCGGGAAAUUGCCAAGCUCUAUUGACGAUAUUGGAGCAAUGGAAGAUUACCGCAAUCAGGUGCUUCUCCAGCCCGGCAGCGCGCGGAUGGCACGGGAUGCUGCAUCCAUGUUGCUUGUCUCCAGAUUCUACUUUGUGAUAAGUGGGCUGCCAAGGAAUACAGCGACUCCGUUUUGGUGCCACGGGGUUAUUCGCUGUAAAGGACCUAGCGCUGAGAUCAUUUCGGCUCUUGACCGCCUUUACCCAGACGGACUGGAUUGUGUGUCCGAUUCCGGUUUGAUCGGUUCUUUCCCUGGCCAAGGGGGUAUAUGUCCAUCAUGCGCGUCUUUUAGACACCCCAUCUCGUUCCUUGCUCGGCACGCUGAUCACACCGUCGACGUCUUCCUACAAAAUCAGCUGAAAAAACGCUGGAGGCUAUCUGGCUUCCCGACAACGGUGGAUCGCCUUGCGUCAUGUCAGGGAUUAUUCUCUCCAUUUGGUCGCGACGAUCAUGGAUUUCCCAACAGCGCAGCAUGUCCUAGCUGCGAUGCUAGUGGUGGUUUGGCGAUUGGUCGCCGGCGUAGGCGCGAAUCCGCGAGCUCUAGGAAUGAGGGGUCGAAAAAGCUGCGUACCAGUUCCGACUAG